AUGCCGUCUACAGCCCCAAACCGAUCCUCAGUGGCCGCGCUGUCUCCAUUUGGGAAGAACAGCCAAAAUGCCGCUCUGUUAACGAAAGCAGGCAAAUCGGGUACACCGCCUCCGUCUUCUUCAGCAUCAACGAGCAGACAAGCCCCAUCAACGCCCAAAAGAUUGAAAUCAUCUGCCCUCGGUAAUGGCAGUGGUGGAGGGGGCAGCGGCGGUGAAGGAAAUCGGAGCAUCUCGCUUUCAGGAUCGUCUCAUUCAUCUCCUGCAGCACCAAACCGAUACACCUCGCCUCCAACAUCUGGAGGAAGUGGAGGAAGCAACCUGCCAGCAGCUUCGUCUUCGAUGUACGAUUCGACAGGACUACUCAGCAGGGAUUUUGAAACAACAUAUCAUCGACAGUGUCGGACGCUGCUGCUUGCAUUUGCAGCAGCAGCGAGGAUGUGGGAAGAGAUUGCGAUCUUCGACGGACUCAAGUGGGCCAAAGAAGCGGUCGAAGGAUGGGAAGAUGUGCAGGCUGCGAAUGAGCUGGGACAGCGCGAUGCCGGCUCGACACGGAAAGCGAAGGGACCGGCUUCAAUACGCCCAAAGGCUCAAGACAAGAGGAGAGCGAUCGCUCUGGACCCGAAACAAGCACACGAUCCAAUCCUCGGACCUGGAGGAUUGAGAGAGUCACGGCUAGCAGACGCAUCGAAACGGAUAGAGGCAGCACACUAUGGGUUGACGUCUGUUCUUGAUAGACUCACCAAAGCAUUGAACAAGUUGACAACAGCAAGCGACUCGCUUCGAAGCUUACUUGAAGAAGCAACUCAACGUAAAGGGCUCGAGUUUGCAUUCCAAGAACCGCUCUGGGCUACAUGGUCUUUGGAUCGUUUCAUUGAACGGACAUCAGAGUUGGCCUCACAGUACCGCGUAUCGACUCAACACCUGCAGCUUCUCGUGCCAACGCUGAUACACUCAGGUGAGCCUCCAGCCUCCGUCUCGUCACGGAACAGCGAAGGAGCUGCCGAACGAAGAAGCAAAGAGCGACGUGGAGCAUACGAGGCAUGGAUCAGUCUACCUUACAUCGAGACAAGGGGUUCACAGAGCUUGCUUGGCUUCGAGUCGUUAUGCGAGGUUGAAGUUGGUCGGUGGAGGGAGUAG